AUGCAGAACCGGCUUUGCAAGUCGACGGCGCGGCCUGAGCGACCUGCGUGCGAUCUGCACGGUCUGACCUGCGCCACAUGGACGGCCCGGACGGCCAGCGGAGCAGCCCGCGAACCCGUCUCCGAACCAGUCCGUGCAGGCUGCACAGCACCAGAGGGGCUUUGUGGGGCCUGCGCAGAGUGCUGCAUCGCAGUUGUGGGUUCUCACUUGCAGCAUGCUACUGGUACAGCCUCGUGUGAUCGGCCCGACAUCGUUGGGAGGCCAGAACUUCAGGAAGCAGCUCUUGGAGGAUUGGAAAGCGUUUUGGGCUACUAA